GGCCUGCGAGUGUUAGCACUGACACAAUCCAGGUUAAUCAGUACAGAAACAGAAGAGGAUGAUGCUGAAGCUGAGGAAGUGGAACCGAUUCCCCAGCAGCAGAUAGGAGAAACUGAACGAGCUCUGGAUCCUAAGGAUAGGUCACGCAUUGUCGCACCAGAAACAAGCAUACGAUAUAUGAAAAGCAAAGCAUACACUGAUACAUAUGGUUGUGAUCCUGUGUGGAAAAGCUACAGAAGAAAUCACAAAGGGCAUAUUCCUCCAUCCAAAACAAGACAGACAUGCAUUAGAGGGAAGGGAAUCACAACAGGAAAUCCUUGUCCGGCGUGUAGAGAUGAGUUCUUAGUGCUUCACUAUACAAAUAAUCGGCUUUUGGAGCAAUUCAUCUGUCCUUACACUGGUGAAGUGUUGCCUCCAUCUAAGACCGGACUCUGCCAACGCAAGCAGCGAGAACUACUCAUUGCUGUCGAGAAGGCCAAAGAUUAUGGGCUACUAGAAUUUACAGUGCCAUUCAGAGAAUAUGACUACAUUGACUACUACCCGCAAUUGAAAGACAAAACAAAUAGCUAACAAGGUAGCUUGCGUGCAACAUCUUAUAAAAGUAAACACUCGCUUACAAGGAUGUGUAAAAACCACAUUUAUUGAACCGUUUGCAAACCAACCACUUUUGAGCUGUGACGAGAAUUUAAGUGUAUAUAUGAGUAUAGAUUAAAAGGUAGUGAUUCAACUAAGUGCAUAUAUACUGAUUACUUUUUGAAAUUCACAAGCCUAAAUCUCUUUAGGUACAAAGUUACGCAUAGGUAUAUAGGUACGGAAAUCACAUGUAAUUGCAUUUUGUUUUAAGAAAAUGUGUCAUCUGUGUUAUGUCUAUUGAAAAAAUUGAGAUAAGAGGGGUAAUCCCUCAGCUGAGCAGUCACUCUGCAGCACUUGUUCUGGAACUAAUUGUAAAUGAUAUUGUGCCCAUAGAUAUGAUAUCUAUGGUAUAAACAAUGUUUAUAUCA